UCUCUCUCUAACAGUACGUAUUUAGCAUAAUCAUACUCCUAUAACUCCUCUCUCUUCGUUCGUGAUGUAUUACUUUGAAAUACUCUAUCCUAAUCUUGACAAAGGAUGUCUAUUUGAUCGAUCUGAUGCCCGUAAGCAAACUAUGGAUCUCGUGGUGCAAUUUAGAACACAAGACACAGCUUUAUGAUAGAGAGAAUAAUUCUCUCCAUCAUCACCUCCCGUAAUCAUCAUGUUUGAGUAACAAAAAGGAGGAGAGGACUCAGAAUCCACCCAUCUCUCACUCCGACAUCAUUUUGUCACUGUAUCGUCUUUCUAAUCCUUGAUCUAAGCAUACUGCUCAUGUCAGUGAUAGAGUCCUGCAGUACUGGGAACAUCAUCGCUUUCCGGUUUGCCUCAACUCUCGAGGAACAUGACAAGAGACAAGAUGCCCACUGUCCCCAGCCUCGUUCCUCCAAAACCCUAACCCAUCAUGUCUUAUAAUCACUUACUGUUGGACUAGGAUUACUAUGGACAUGAUUGGUGCUUCCUAUCCCAAUAAUUUCUACUGCCUACUUAGCCUUGACUACAUAUCUACUAUGUUCAUUUCUUGAGUCAUGAAAAUAAUCUAAUAUAUUCAUUUCAUGAGUUACGAAUAUAUCAUAUAUAGUCGUGGGAGCUUCGAGUCUGAAUCGAGCGAGUGUCGAUGUUAUUUGCUGCAUGAGAAGCUGCUUUGUCACUUUCCACUUCUCAAAAACCUCUUGGGUUUGCUUACAGAUAAAUCCAGCCAUGUAGCAGCUGCUUUAUCCUCCCCUCCUCUUCCCCUAUAUAAUCCCCUAACACUCAUCAUCUGGUAACUCUCCAAGGCAAUUGAUUCCCCUAACAUAGUCCCCAUAUCUUCCACUUCCAAACUUCCUCAGUGGUUUUCUUCUUUCCCUUCCUUUUGAUUUCCUCUGCCUUCUCUUCUUUUUCUACUAGGUUUUCUUCUGCAAGUACUAACAUGAUCCAAGAGAGGUUGGGUGGGGUGGUGGAGGAGAAGAACAUCUCCCACCCCGGAGGCCUUCUGAUCGAUCACUCCUCCUCGUCUUCCCCCACGUCUUCUGUUUCCUCUCAGUCGCAGUCAUCAUCCUCAUCGUCGCUGUCGUCGGCCGCUUCGGAGCAGCAGCAGCAGCAGCAGCAGAACAACCUCCGUUGUCCGCGGUGUGAUUCCACCAACACCAAGUUCUGCUACUACAACAACUACAACCUCGCCCAGCCGCGCCACUUCUGCAAGACCUGCCGCCGGUACUGGACCAAGGGUGGUGCGCUCCGCAACGUCCCCAUCGGCGGUGGCUGCCGCAAGAGUAAGGUGGCGCCCGCCAUCGCCCUGGCCGGGGGUUACGGUCGGUCAGGCGCCACCAAGACGAAGCCGGCGCCGUCGGACCUCUUCCUGAGGUCAAACCUGACCUCUGGUCUGGAUAACGAGCUGCCAUCCGGCCCGAUACUGUGCGCUCCCCCACAUACUUCCCACCUGAUGACCCUUUUCAGGAACAACAACAGCUACUCAUACCAGCAACAGCCGCAGCAGCAGCAGCAGCAGCAGCCUCAGCAAAACAACAACAUCACAGAUAUCCAAGAUCUGUGCCACAGGCUAAAAUCCUCGUCUAGUUGCUAUAACGAUCAGUUGCAGACAGUAGCGAACGACGUCGGCAGCUUCGAUCCUUCUUCUUGUUCCACUGCUGCUUCUGUGAUUACCGCGGCUGGCAUGGCCACGAGUUCUCCAACUCCUAUCAUGGAGCACAUCAGACACUCUCUCGGCGAAUUUGGUCACUGGAAUCAGGCUUUGGCGUGGCCCGAUUUGCCCACUCCUAAUGUCGCAUUCCACUAAGAGCAUCCAGUUUCUAUGAUUACAGAUAUGGGUCUAUGGUUCUACUGUAGUGGUUUAACGUGUGUGUUUAUGUUCUUCAGAAUGUAUUGUUCAUCAAGCUCGAUUAAGAAUCAGAUAGUAUGUUUACUUUCUUUGUC